GUGGGUUGUGACGUCCCGCGAUAAGGUGAUGAUAAAUAUGCAGCUCACCACGUCGUUUCUUUUGACUUGACACGCGCGAGCGGCAGCAUCUGGUUCUUCUCCCUUGCAUUUAUUGGUCUAGACCAGCAUUUCCAGCUCAUUCUGUCGGGCACAUUUCCUCAGCCAGACAGCAGACACACCAACCCAUUUAUCUCUGCACGCCCAACAUGUCCGACAAGGGUGACUCAGUCACCGAGCAGGUGGAAGACCUCAGGCGCGAUCCGGAGAGAGGGAACGGCAGCGGCAGCGGCAGCGGCAGUGGCAGCGGCAACGUGGUGGACGACGACGACACCAAGGUCCUCUCGGCCCAGACUGAUGAUGUUCCACCGCAGACCGGGGCCGGCAGCGGCGUCCGACGGGGCCUGCAGCCGCCAGAGUUCCUGCUCAACAUGUCGAUGGAGGACAGGCUGGAGCUCGAGGCCAAGCUCAAGAGGAAGAUCGACCUGAGGCUGAUGCCCGCAAUCAUCCUCAUGUAUAUCCUCAACUAUAUCGACAGGAACAACAUCGCGGCCGCCAAGCUCGCGGGCCUGGAGGAGGACCUCGGGCUGUCCUCGACCGAGUACGAGACGGCCGUGUCCAUCCUGUUCGUGGGCUACCUGCUGAUGCAGAUCCCCUCCAACCUCUUCCUCAACAAGCUCGGCAAGCCGGCGCUGUACCUGCCGGCGUGCAUGAUCGUCUGGGGCGUCAUCUCGGCGGCCACUGCCGCCUGCCACAAUGCCGCCGGGCUGCUGACGGUGAGGUUCUUUUUGGGGUUUGUGGAGGCUGCUUAUUUCCCGGGAUGUCUCUACUACCUCUCAUGCUGGUACACCCGCAAGGAGCUGGGCUUCAGGACGUCGGUGCUGUAUAGCGGCGCCCUCAUCUCGGGCGCCUUCUCCGGGCUCAUCUCGGCCGGCAUCACGGGGAACAUGGACGGCCUGAGGGGGUUCCGGGCCUGGAAGUGGCUAUUCAUCAUCGAGGGCGUGGUCACGGUCGUCGUCGCGUUCGGCGCCUUCUUCGUCCUGCCCAACUUCCCCCGGACCACGAUGUGGCUGUCCGAGGAGGAGAGGCAGCUGGCCGUGUGGAGGCUCGAGGAGGACAUUGGCGAGGACGACUGGGUCGACAGCGAGCACCAGAGCUUCUGGCAGGGCGCCAGGCUGGCCUUUGUGGACGUCAAGACUUAUGUGCUGAUGAUCCUCCUCUUCUGCAUCGUCUCCUCGGGCUCCGUGACCAACUUCUUCCCCGCCGUCGUCAAGACCCUGGGCUACAGCAACGUCUACUCGCUCCUCCUCACGGCGCCGCCCUACGUCCUCGCCGUCGCGGCCACCUACGCCAACGCGCUGCACGCCGACCGCACGGGCGAGCGCUACCUGCACGUCACGGUCCCGCUGCUCUGCGCGGUGGCCUCGUUCGUGCUCGCCGCGACGACCUCGUCCCUGGCGCCGCGCUACGUCAGCAUGUGCCUCAUGGUCCCCUCGGUCUACUCGGGCUACGUCGUCGCCCUCGCCUGGAUCAGCAACACCAUCCCGCGCCCGCCCGCCAAGCGCGCCGCCGCCCUGGCCUUUAUUAAUGCGGUGUCCAACUCGAGCAGCAUCUACGCCAGCUACAUGUACCCCAACCGCGCCGCCCCCGCCUACACCGUCGCGUUUGUCGUCAACAGCGCCACGUCGUUUGUCGCCAUCUGCGCGGCGACCGUGCUGCGCGUCAUGCUUGUGCGGCUCAACGGGAAGCUCGAGAGGGGCGUCUAUGUCCCCGGGGCUAUCAAUGCUGCCCCUGGGGCGGCGGCUGCUCAUGGGUUUAGGUUUAAGGUGUGAGGUCUGCG